AUGGCGGUUAUGCCUGGCUACUCCGUCCGAGGGAAGAGGCGCCCGAGGCGGCUCCCGCAGCUCCGCUCUCCCCCGUCUCUCGGAGCGCCCGGUGGUGGUGAGGUCGAGGGGAGUGAGCGGGAGGCCCGGGGACGGGACCGGGAGGGCGGCCUCCGCGUCCGUCUCGCGUGGGCCUUCCCGGAGGACGGUUCCGCUUUCGCCAGUCGUUCGUUCAGAGUCCUGAACUUUUUCCCAAGUGCCGUUUUCACCUCCGGGGAAUCGACGGGGUCCAAGCACUUCGUGGCGGCGGUCGUGCCGGGCGACGCCGUCCGAGAGAAGAGACCGCGAAGGCGGCUUCGACGUCUGUCUCUCGGGGCCCUCCCGGAGGACCCGACCCGGCUCUUCCUUUCGCUCUCGCCCGCGCCAAAGUGCGGUUUUCCCCUCCGGGGUGCAAGAACCGAGCACUUCCGACCACGGUCGUCGCGCGCCCCCGAGAGAAGAGACCAACGCGGAGGCGGCUCCGCGGUCUUUCUCUCAACCCUGGUAGAUACGAAUACGUCGCACGCCUGGGGUAGGCUCCUGCCCGGCUUCGGCCGCUAUGGGCACGGCGGUCGCUACCCCGCCCCGCGUGUCGUCCCCGCGAACCCGAACGUCGACGGGUCCUCCCGGACCCGGAGCCGUGACGGGGAG